ACGCAGUUUUCAUAGGCUUACAGCUUUCAUUUGCAGAGGAAAGAAAUAGAAUAAUAUUGUAGACAGACAGGCUGAUCCGCGCGUUUAAUAAGCGAGGAGGAUGAAGGAGACGGGGGUGCGAAUUCUCUGGGCACGCAGCCUUUGGAAAAGGGAAUGACGUAGUGGGAGAGGUAGCUAUUCCGUCGGGAGAGUCUCAGCAUCUCUGUGCGCGGUUGCUACGUCUAAACGAAAAAAAAAGUGCACUGGGCGUGCUCUGUAAUAAGAUCUGAAACAAAAAAUCUCAGAAACGCAAUGCCUCCGACGUAUCCCGAGAUACACCGGCGUGUUUACGAAUAUGAUAAAGCCAGACACGAGUCAUACGGGUCCCCCACGUCUGGCUGCUAGAUUGUAAAUAGGAAGCAUUUUGGGAGGGGGGACUCGGUGGGAAGGGGAGGGUCGAGUUUCAGGAAAAGAAGGAGAACAUUUUUUUGAGGGGAGGGCAAGAAGUUCAUACUUAAAAAACGAGAAAACAUUUGACAUAGGGGGCUCGCUGUGCGCUUGUGCGGGAGUCGUCGGUGCGUGGGGAGAAGAUGGCCGGGAGCUGCAACAACCUAGCGACGGGGACCGGGGAGAUCAUUCAGCUCAACGUCGGCGGUACGAGGUUCAGCACCUCCCGGCAGACGCUCAUGUGGAUCCCCGACUCCUUUUUCUCCAGUUUGCUCAGUGGUCGGAUAUCGACUCUUCGGGACGAAACUGGAGCGAAUGACCGCGCUUGUCCACGUGUGUCCGGCAGGAUUAAGGAAUCGUCCGGCUGGCAGCAGGUCUUCUCCAGCCCUCACCUGGACUGGGCUAUAGAGCGCGUGGCCCUUAAUGCGAAGGUGGUCGGCGGUCCCCACGGCGACAAGGACAAGAUGGUUGCCGCGGCAUCUGAGAGCAGUAUUAUCCUCUGGAGUAUCCAGGAUGGAGGCAGCGGAAAUGAAAUAGGUGUGUUCAGCCUGGGCGUGCCGGUGGACUCUCUGUUCUUCAUCGGGAGUCAGCUAGUAGCCACCAGCCACACGGGGAAGGUGGGAGUGUGGAACGCCGUCACCCAGCACUGGCAGGUGCAGGACGUGGUCCCCAUCACCAGCUGCGACACGGCCGGCUCCUUCCUGCUGCUGGGCUGCAAUAACGGCUCCAUCUACUACAUCGACAUGCAGAAGUUCCCCCUGAGAAUGAAGGACAACGACCUGCUGGUGACGGAGCUGUACCACGACCCAUCCAACGAUGCCAUCACGGCACUCAGCGUCUACCUCACCCCCAAGACCAGUGUAAGCGGGAACUGGAUCGAGAUCGCAUACGGGACGAGCUCCGGCGCAGUUCGGGUCAUCGUGCAGCAUCCGGAGACCGUGGGCUCGGGGCCGCAGCUCUUCCAGACAUUCACCGUGCACCGCAGCCCCGUCACCAAGAUCAUGCUCUCCGAGAAGCACCUCGUCUCUGUGUGCGCCGACAACAACCACGUGCGGACGUGGACGGUGACUCGCUUCAGGGGCAUGAUCUCCACCCAGCCGGGAUCCACGCCCCUGGCCUCCUUCAAAAUCCUGUCCCUGGAGGAGGCUGAGAGCCAUGGCAGCUACUCCUCCGGCAACGACAUCGGACCGUUUGGAGAGAGAGAUGACCAGCAGGUCUUCAUUCAGAAAGUCAUUCCGAUAACCAACAAACUUUUUGUGCGUCUUUCUUCUACUGGAAAAAGGAUCUGUGAGGUGCAGGCAGUGGACGGCACCACCAUCACCUGCUUCACGGUGCGCGAGUGCGAGGGCUCCAGCCGCAUGGGCUCUCGGCCACGCCGCUACCUCUUCACGGGCCACGGCAACGGCAGCAUCCAGAUGUGGGACCUCACCACGGCCAUGGACAUGGUCAACAAAACGGAGGACAAAGCCAAGCGGGACACAGAGGUAGGCGGUCCCACAGAGGAGGAGCUUCUCAAACUGCUGGACCAAUGUGACCUGAGCGCCUCACGCUGUGCCACACCCAACAUAAGCCCCGCCCCUUCCGUCCUGCAGCACAGCCGCCUGCGAGAGUCCUGCUCUAGCCUGCAGCUGCAAGCACACGAGCCCAUUCCUGAGACGGCCACCUAUGGAGCGCUGCGCCCCUACCGUGAGAGCCCCCUGCUGGCCCGCGCUCGGCGCACCGAGAGCUUCCACAGCUACCGCGACUUCCAGACCUUCAACCUGGGCCGGGGCCUGCUGGAGAUGGGGCCCACGGAGGCACGGUGCUCACCCGGCGACCCUGGCACCGAGGCCGGGGAAAAGAGGGGUUCUGCCGCAGAGCUGUGGCCCAGCCGGGCCGUCGAGGUCCAGCCCGAGUCUCCCCGGCAGGCCCCGGACAGCCCUGGGGACACCCGAAAGAAGGUGCCCCAAGAAGAGGAUGGGCAGGACGCCAAGUUUGAUGGGAGGAAGAGGGGGGCUUUUGAUGGGACCUUUCUGGGCAGGAAGAGGGCGCCCCCUAUGCCUCAGCUUGCCUCCUUGCCUUCCAGCACGGAGGGUGGGGGCAGCGACUCUUCCAGUACUGCGUCCCCCUCCCCGACCAAAGUGUCAACCUCGCCCCGACACCGGAAGGGCACGGAGCCACCGGGCCAGGAGUACCUGUGAGUGUCGGACGCACGGAGACGCCCGUCAACGCUAAUAGAGACAUGACAGCAGCACAUAUGUACCCCAGACACGGAACCACACCUGUUUCUCAUGUAGCUUUGCAUUCUGGUCCGCUGGUAAUAUGGGCUAUGGAUGGGCUAUGGUCUCUCAUCUCCGGCGGAUAGCCCAGACAGAAGGGAGGCUCAUAUAACUCUCCGCUAAUAAUUUCAGUCCCAGCGGGCCAUUCCUGGCCUUUAGGGUGGGGCGGCUUCGGAAACCUCAGCUUUGCUGGAAUGUCCGUCUGCUCCCUGGCUGGUUGCUGUCAUCACUUCGCAUUUGCCCGCUGCUCACUGGUGACCGUUUUGAGCCCUCAACUGGAAUGGUCGCUCAGAUCAUCUUGUGAAGUUUAUUAAAUGAAGUGGUGAGAAGGUCACGCACUAAUGCCAGGGUCCCGUGAAGUUCUUCUUCCAAACCUUGUCCUUUGGGACAGGGAGCGUUUUUGGGUGUCAUAGUGACAAGAGUGAUUAACAUGAUAGAAAUUGACGCAUUUAAAAUGAGUCCUGCUGUGUCCUUCGGCUUUGAGUGAAGCCGAAGGCAGCUGAUUCGAUGGCUGAGGACUGACGGAGGUGGGGGGGUGAUCGGACCGCCGAGGCCCUGGGAGAGUGGAGGAGGUGUAUGUGUGUGUGGCCGGUAGGGGCUGGCUGUCCUGUCACCCCCUGGGCACGUCAUUCUCAGGUGUUACUGUAUCGAGUCGUCAAAAUUGGUGAUGUUUCCCUAUUUUUUUGUCAUAGAAUUUCAAAUUAUUGAAUUUAAACGAUCAAAAUUAAUUUUUCAUAGCUAACAGGAGAGGGAAUCUAGCAGGUCUCUCCCUGAUUCCAUUCUAAUCUUUCUUACUUGCUCAGUGCCUUUUUAACAUUCGCAGCCGUGGGUCAAUAUAUGGUUACAGGUGGCUGGCCAGGAACGAGAACCAAAGUGAGGGAGUCGGGCCCGGUUCUGAUGAAACCUUUACAUCCACGUCUGCGGGAGAUUUAGGGUGUGUGACCGGGAGUUGGUCCUCAGCGUUGAGUGAGAAUGGUUUUCCUUAAGGCCGUUUUUGGCAUAUCACACGGAAGACACAUUCCGGCUGUAUAGUAUGGCUCAAUAUAUGCAUUACGUCAAAUUAUAUUUUCCAUGCUCCUCAUAUAUAUAUAUAUAUAUGCAGUCCAUGAUAUUUAUAUGUAAUUGUUCUAACACGGAAUUGCACUGUUACUAAGGAAGCAUACAGAAUAGUACUUACAGGUUUAUUGAAGAAACACUAACUGAUCACAAUGGGGACUGAGCUUUCUGCUUACAUGAAAUCCAGUCCCCUUACAGAACUGGCUGUAGUAUGUUUACAAUGUCAGUCCAGUCAGUAGAAUGUGGUUUGUAAAAUAAUGUAUUUAUGUUGUCUAACUGUUUUUGUACAGCACCUGUAUAAAGGAGAAUAUUAAUAUCGAGUCGUUCAUGGUUACAGCACAUGCAUGAGGUGCCAGUGAACUUUAUUUUUAAAGGGUUAAUGUGGAGGAUGUAGGUCUGUGCUUGAAUGUAAUGGAUGGUCAUUAAUGAAGAGGAUUCACACUUUUAGGAUGCGUGUGGGGCAGUCAGGGUUCUGCACAAAAGGGGCAGACCGCACUCGCAUAUUAUGGUCUGUAUGAUACGAAGGCAGGUGGCAGUGAUGGGCUGCUCGCCCAGACCUGCCGUAAAUGCACCAUCAUUCUUGUGGUGAGUUUAAAGGCAGAACGCUGCCUGUUGUUAAAAAGACCAUACUGUUAAUGUUAUUUAUCCACGGGGGGGGGGGGGGGGCACACGACAAGGAGCCCUAACUGGCCCAUGAAACUGCAUUCCUAAACCAAAAGUCGAGAACGGAGAACCGAUUGGUGGAUUUUUGGCAGGGGUUAUGAUGCGUCCAGGACUCGGUGUGCAAUCUGAGCAAUUCGACUGUUGGUGUCUCUCCUCAGUAACUAUAGAGAUGGGGAUUCGGCGCGGCUAUUAGCGACGGGCGGAGGGGGUGCUCCAAUGCUGGAUUACGUGUUUAAUGUUGCGGUACAGUUCAAACCGGGAUCACUGGGUACCUGAAGCUGUCCGACAGCAAGCAGCUGUGUCAUUACCCUCUACUGACCGAGUAAAACAGCUAACCUGCAAAA